AUGAAGUCCCUCAAAACAUUCCAAAAGGAAGUCAAGCGCCUUGUCAAAGCAAUGAAUGGCAUUAAGGCCACAAAAUCUAAGAGCUUUUUUAAGCUCACCAACCCAGAAGAUGCGUUGAAAGAAUCACUCUCUAAAGUUGAUCAAAUGUUCGAAUCCGACUUUAUUCAAACUGCUCAACUUACUCCUGAAAUAACACUGGAUUUGUUAUCACUUUGGGCCAACUCCAACGAGUUCAUAUUGAGAUUACCUCACCACACUUACACUUUGGACGUCUUUAAACUCAUUCAUAGGAUCAUCAACAUCAAGCAAAUACAACCAAUCGCUCUUGCAGACUUUCCAGCCCCCGACGAGAUGGACCCAACUACUGAAAAGAUACUUGAGAUCUAUUUUAACAACACUUGUAAGACCACUCUCUUCUUACUCUUUGCCUUGAACGGAUCUUCCUCUAUUCGAAAUAUUGUCGAACAAAACAAGAAGAGAUACUCGCCACCAAUCGGAGCUAUUCCUAAAGUCGAACACACAAAGACUCUUUCUUUCUACCGCUCCGUUGAAGGACUUAACAGCGAAUACACAGAUAUCGUCGCGAAGAUCCUUGUUGAAUUCACCAUGAGAAUACCCGGGAUGUAUGAACUGAUAUUAGAAAAGGUAGACACUUUUGGCUCAACAAGUCCAAGAAAAUCCGUUGAAAUUCUUCGUGAAGAAGUGAAGAUGGAGUUUCCUUCAUUCAGAAAGUGGGAAAGUUUUGGCAACUUUGUCUCGUCGAAGAACUCCCGUUCGAAAAGCUUUGGUGAGUCAAUUUAUUGCGUCGAGCAAUAUUGGCUUUUGCACUUCGAGGCACGGUCCGAAUUUGCGAUUCGAUACUACAAGUACUGGGCUGAAUAUGCACAAAAAGACUGCCCAAAGGAUGCUAUCGAAACGUAUCCAGGAUUUUCUAUUUUCAAGAAAGAACUCACACAACUGUUUGUCCAAGACAAAGCAACUUCUUUGUCUAUCGGAAAUACUUUGGCUGCUUUUGGUAUAUUAGAAGAAGAUGGAAUUCAUGCGAUUUUGAACUUUAGAUUUAAAGACCAGAAGUCUCGGAAAGAAGAAACUGAGAAAAUAGUUGAUGUGUAUAAGGGAAUAUUCUCAUAUCUGAAAGAGAAAGGGAUAUCUACUGCUAAUUACAACGACUUACCAUUACUCGAUGAAUAUAAUAAACUUUCUGCUUGA